GAUUUUGAUAACGUUGACCUUGGUUGAAAUUUUGAACUUGGGGUCAUCUGAUAUAUGACAAUUUUUUGACAUACGUGUUAAUUCCGAUGGACAAGAUGGCGUUUUAUGUAGUCAUUUUGAUAUUAGCGUGCUUGCAAUCAGGGAUGCCAGUGCACGGUAAAAAAUGCCGAAGUUGCCCUCAUCUUGUCAGAGGUCCAGACGAGUGUACGCACUUCCAGAACUGUCCAGAUUCAUGUAUAACUGAAGUUCAUCCUAGGAAUGGGCAGUACCGGUUCAUAUACCGCUGUGGACCUGAGGACGAAUGUGUGAAAUUUGAGUACGGACACCAGCACAUUCAUGUUAUUUGCAAGGAAUGUUGUCACAGCACGGGAUGUGAUCAAACCACGUGCUCUAAGUACUUUUCAACAACGACUCAUAAGCCAAGGACUACAGUAGUACAUCAUAAGCCUAGGACACAUGCUCAUACAACAACAACAAAAACACCACGAACUACAGCAGUACACCAUAAGCAUAGAACCCAUGCUCAUACAACAACAACAAGAGCACCAAGAACUACAGCAGUACAUCAUGAGCAUAGAACCCAUUCUCAUACAACAACAACAAGAGCACCAAGAACUACAGUAGUACAUCAUGAGAAUAGAACCCAUGCUCAUACAAUAACAGCUACCAGGACAACAAAAGCACCAUCAACUACGGAAUUAUCUACGAUGACAACACAAACUACAUUGCCUGACGCGUCUGCAACAACAAAAAUAAAUUUCAUCAAAACAACAGCAACGAAGACAACGAUGUUAGCUUCUAACCAUUCUAACAGUAGUCCGAUGGCAACAACAAAAUCAAACAUUCUUCCGAAAGGUUGUGACAAUUUGAGUGUAUUAUCCAGCGUUGUCACAGGAAGUAGCGCAUCUUAUCCGGGUACCCCAACAUGUUCCGAUAGUACAUACCAACCCAGUGAGGCACUGGUUCAAAAAUACUGUGGUGCUCCUAAUAUUACGAAGUGGAUACCUGGAACAAAGGUCAUGGAAAACUGCUCAAGUGUACCCCACUACACCGCUAUAGCUGUGUUAACUACAGCGUUCGGGGGCUCCGCCGUGGCCGGUGUCUUUGUAAAAUGUGAAAUGGGUGGAUUUCAGGCACUGCUCGCAUUAUAUGAAAAGGAUGUACCAUUCGAAGAACAUGUUGUAAACAUUCGUGCAGGAGAACAAAACCAGGACUGGUACUUAGCUAUCAACAAAAAUGGAGAAGUUCCAGUUUUGAAAAUAAACGGAAAAUGUGUCGCUGAGUCCGAAACUAUUAUUGACGUCAUCGAUGAAACGUUUCCUUCCGAUUCAAAACUGGUACUAGAUGUGGAAACUGAAUAUGGGAGUGACGUCAGAGAUUUCCGGAAACUGCUCCAUGAUAAACCUAUCGACCUAAUUACAUUUGGAAUUAUAUGUAACCGUAAUUUAAAACAUAAAGACGGAGUCAUCGAAAUGUCGGCAAUGUUUACACGUGAAAGUGCGGAGAAAAAGAUUUCUGGAGAUAUAGUCACUCUGAGGAAGAAGCGAGGAACUAGUUCACUGGAACUUCAAGAUGCCAUUGACAAAAAGAUCGUCAAGGUGUCAGAGAGGCUUGCAACUAUAAUGGACGAAAACAAAAUCAAGAAGUGUUUAGAUGACCUUGAACUCAUAUUUGAUGAAAUCGAAAAAAGGUUGAAAAAGACAAAACAAGAACACGAAGGAAGUCGAACUACCUGGCUGUUUGGUCCGACAUUCACUGCUGCAGACAUCACGGCGACAACUUUAUUUUUCCGUUUAAAGUUUGUCGGAGUCGACACUCGUUAUUUCUCAAGCACAACUAGACCAGUGGUAUACGAGUACUAUACUAGAUUAAUGAAAAGACCCUCAGUGGUGAAAAUGGUGGCUAAAUUUGCCAGUUAUAAAGGCAUUGUGGUAAAAAUGAUGCUCAAAACAUACGGAAUAAGAGCUUUAAAAUUAGGACUGAUUGUGGGACUUGUCGGUCUAGGAUAUGUUGGGCUAAAGGGUACUUUAAAGGCACAAACAUACUUCUGAAAAGCUAAACCACUAUUUCUUUAAAAGAGAAAUAUAUUGCUAAAAUAAUUUCUUCAUCUAAUAUAAAAGAAAAAAGAAGUUUUGUGAUAACAUAAGAGGGUGAUAUUCAGUUUUGUCCAAACAGAAAUGAAGCAUUAAAAUUAUAAAUUUGCAGACUAUACAUGUUUUCUUUAUUACUGAUAAGUUUUAUCAUUGCGAGUGAGAGCAAGGUGGGGGAAUACAACGCAAAGUUCAGAACUUUAUUGAA